AGUUUUGUUUAUCAAUCAAAUCAAGCGAAGGACCGUGAUCGGUAGUGUUGGUGGAAAGAAACGUGUUUAUUUUUUCGUAAAUCGAUGUUAAAUUAUAAUUUGCCAAAAUUAUAAAUUUGAUGCUAUAGAACACUCUGUGAAUACAUUUACGACGGCCUAGUUGCCCAGGACAUUUUUUCUUGACAAGUUCUAUCAGUGAGCGCGCUGAGCGCGACAAGCGGCGUCAGCCUGGGUCCGUUAGUGCCGGAGUCAGUCCCUGGCGCGGACGAGAUGGUGCAGGAGGGCGAGGGCGCGGCCGACGGCCUCAUCGCGCCCCGGCGGCUGCCCAACCCGUGCCUCGAGAGCCCUCAGCGCAUGGACCUGCACAGGGAACUACUCUUUAACCAGAGGAUAGGAAAAAAUGUUCUGAAUCAAAAGAGCGAGCUGCAAAAGGCGCUCUCGAAACACAAAGAGAAGCAGAUCUUGAAUCAAGUCCGAGAACACAGAGAAACCCCAGAACUAGAGCGCGCCAUAGCGGAGCGCGCGCGGCGGCUCGAGCAAGCGGAGCAGAGCGGAGAGGAAGCGGAGCCGGGUACCAGUCCCGCGUUGCAGCAGAUUCGGGCGCGUCUCCGCCACGCCGCGCCCGCGCCCGCCGCCUCGGCACACUAGGUAACCGGGACUUGGUAACCGGGACUUGGUAACCGGGACUUGGUAACCGAGACUUGGUAACCGGGACUUGGUAACCGGGACUUGGUAACCGGGACUUGGUAACCGGGACUUGGUAACCGGGACUUGGUAACCGGGACACGGGACACUACCUGACCGAUCACGGGCUGACUGGACUCUACUCUACAUGGUUUAGGUGUACUCAUCACUCUCACUCCACUCUAUUUUUGAAUUCAGAUCAACUUGACAUUCAAUAAACUUCAUAUUUUGGUGCGCGGUGGCCGUUUUUGAUAUAAAUUGUAAAAAGCAGCUGAAAAUUUGAUUAGAAGUAAAUCCUUAUAUCUUAAAUCUUUCCUACGAUUUUAAUCUUGUAUUAUCGGAUUGAUAUUGGAAAAGUGACUUCCAUUAUAACAAAGCAGCUAUAAAAACACAAGUGCUAGAACUGCAACGUUUAGAAACCUAAAUGAUUCGAGUUGUCUUAGAGUUUUGAUUAUGUGAAGUCGGAUCACUUUUCAAUACUAAACCGGUACGAUCGAUUUAAGAUGAUUAGGAAAACUUACUUACCUGUAGCUGUUUAUAACGGAAAAUUUUUGGCUGUUUAAUUGUACUUCACCGAAAAUAAAUUAACCGCUAGAAUAAUUUAUAAAAUAGCCUGACGUGUUUAAAUAAGCGAUCAUCCAAAGAUCUGCUCUAUAAAAAGUACGUUUUAAUAUCGUUCUCUACCUACAUGAAUGAUGUUCCAUGUAGGUGUUUAAAAGGUGUUAUUUUUGUAAUUAUUCUAGGAUACAUAAUACACUCCGCCUCGUUCGCACUUAAUGGUAGUAAUAAUACUUAUGAAUAUUUAGGCGCAUUGUUAUGGUGCCUGGAUCGUCUAAGUACCUAGAUAAUAAACCUUCCUUAAAGAUUUUCAUUAGUAUCCAGUGCGAAAUACCUAAUUAACUACACGCUAAGCAAAACACUACAAGCACUGUCGUAUAAAUGUCAAAUAAAAUAAAACAGUGCCAAAGUAUUUCACGAGAGUUAAUAAUUGCCUGAAAAUAUUGUAAUUUUAUUAAUGAAGAAUACCUUUAUUCAGCCAAUCGUACGAGAAAGUAUUUUCCAGUUCUAGUCAGAAUAAGCAGUCUCGAGUAAUGAACAUUCGUCUAUGAGCCGUGUCGAGUCAAGUAGGAUACUAGUUUGGUUUCAGAAUAACCGAAAAAUUGGUAUCAGUUCAUCUUUGGUCAAGUCAGCACUGUAAACAUCCUCAACCAUUAUGCCAUUAAAACUUCUCAUGGACCCGUUUACAUUCUUUACCAUUACUCUUUUGAUAAAAUAGAUUAAAUUUCCAAUUCUGUCGGCCUAAUUCUAGAUUCAUUAACAUAUUUUUCUUAUAAAAAUCUUUUAAACGUGUAAUAUGUGAAGGGAUGAUGUCAAAACGCAAUAUACGGUUUUUACGGGAAAUGUAUUAUUAUGGUAACUAAAUGUAGAGUUUGAACUAUAAUAGACAACUAGCGCCAUCUACUUGCAUAGAUCCGUACUACCUUGUGGCGCCAUCUACCUUCACUUGCCUACCAACAGAACUAUCAAGAAUGUAAAUCGAAGUUCAAAAAGAAAAGUAUAAUUUAAGCAUAAUUUGAGGAAAUGCUACGAGGCAAGCACUGUAAUAGGUAUUGUUAAGGUGUGUGUUGCAGUUGGUGUGAGUGAUGCUUUGUUUGCCAAAGCUUGUAAGAAUUAUUGGUUAUUUUAUUAUGUAAGAAAUAAUAGCUUUAAAUCAUUUUGUCAUCGAAAUGAUGUCACUGUAAGUGUCACAAAGUAUUGUAUGAUUUUAAUUAUGCACCGCGUCUGGUAAGUUUAGUUUUGUUGGUAAUGACAGCAUAAAUUAUAUUAAAAUCAACAUACAGGCCGAAAAGAAACCUCACCAAAUGGAAUCCAUUUAGUAUGGGGCUUUUUUUUCAAUCUCCGUCGCGUGCUACAGAAUCGAUUAAUAGUUCGAAAAAAUUGUUACCGUUUUAAUUUAUUUGAAUGAUCAUAAUAUAGUAUGAAUCAACCAUUGACUGAGGAAUCGACUGCGUGUGGUAUAAAAAGGGUAAACGUCGACUUCGAGCAAGAGAAAAUAAAUAUUUUUUUAAACUUUUUAACGUCACAACUUGAAACUUCGUCGUAGAAUCCAUUUGUACGCGUUUACUGUUCUUGUUAAACUCCUUGGAACUUAUCUAAGAUAGAUACUUAGAGAUACCUAUCGAAAUAAUUCUUGUAAUGCAUAUUUUAAUACAAUAUUGUAGAAAGUAGAUAGAUGUUGGAAAAUUAUAGAAUGUAUGAUCUAGAUAUUACAUUAUUCAUAUUUUAUUGAGAGUAGAAAUCUUAUGAGAAUUAGUGCGAGUAAGUGAUUGAAUAAACAUAAUAGAGACCCCUUUAUGUACACUCAUAUAGAUAUACUUAUGUAUACAAUCCCCUCCAGUCCCCAAGUCUAAGCACCAAUAAAUAGUCGACCAGUAUGUUUGAAUUAAAAGUGUUCAUGAAAGUGAUAGAUGAAAAAUAUUUUUAUAUAUUGAUGUAAUUUCUGUAGACAACCUACAGUCCUAUAAAGUCUAAUAAAAAUAGAUUCCCCUUACUUUACUACUUAAAUUUCAGUAGGUAAAUAGAACUAUAAUUAUUCUCUAAUAGUUUUUAAAUAAAUAGUAAUUGUGAGAUUUAUUGUCUACAUUCUAAUAUUUCAUUAGUCUCGGGAAUUGUGGAAAUGUUUAGAAUCUCUGGUACUAAUUAUAAAUAAAAAUAAGCCACAUAUUUACUUAUCUACUCAAGUCAUUUAUUGUAACCCUUCAAAGUUAAGACCUUGUAUACCUACUUAUAUGUAUAACUUAAGAAUUCAUAUAUUUUUUCAAAACUUAUGUUCUCCAUUGUGCCUAUUUGUAGAGUUGUUAUUUAAUUUGAGAGUAUUCAUUAUUUAUGGUUGAUAAAAUUGAUUAUGUAUAAAAUUAUUGACACAAAGAUACGCAAAUCAUAUUUUGUAAACCAUUCCACUUGUUAUUUUUUCACUUUGACCAUUUUUUAAAUCACAUUUGUACCUACCUAUUUCUUUUAAGUUUAGGUUAUUGUUAAGUUGUAUUGUAUCUUAGUACAAAGUGGCGUCGUCAUAAUGUUUUAAGCUUUGGAAGCUAGUUACGUGGCCAUUAAAGUAUGAUAUAUGACUAUAGCAUUUAAGAACCAUCUUCGUAAAAACAGUUCGAAGAUAAACUGUAACAGGAUUCAAUAAUAAU